GGCUCUGAAGCGGAGACAGCCUCACUCACUCACUCACUCUCUCUCUCACUCACCCACUCUCUCUCUCACCUCAACUUUUUCUCCCUCCCUCCCUCCUCUCCUCCCCUCCCUCUCUGUGUCCUGUUGACGUUUUAUUGCGCUCUAGUCGCUCCGGGGAGAUCCCCCCCCCUCCCCUCUAUUUCUCUCUCUCUGUCUUUGCCCGUCAGUUUUCCCCCCUCCUCUGCUCUGCCCAUCACUCCCGGACCCAUGCAGUCCGAGUCGGGAAUUGUUCCGGAUUACGAUGUCGGGGAGGAAUUUCACGAAGAGGCGAAAACGUUUUACGAGCUGAAGAGCCAACCGCUGAACCGGAGGUGCAAGAAACGAUGGGCAAACACAGAAAGCCAGAGUUUCCUCAAUUCAUCAGAGCAGCAAGGAUCAUCUAAGCCCCCAUUAACCUCCUCCAACAUGACGUCACGGAUACUGCUACGGCAGCAACUCAUGCGUGAGCAAAUGCAGGAGCAGGAGAGACGGGAGCUGCAGCAACAUCAGCAGGCAGCACAGUUCAUUCAGCAGCGAGUACCAGUCAGCCAGACACAGGCCAUCAACGUGAACGUCCCCAACAAUCUGUCCACAAACACUCAGGUGCCGAUGGAAGUCCUCAAGGUGCAAACCCACCUUGAAAAUCCGACCAAAUACCACAUACAGCAAGCGCAGAGGCAGCAGGUUAAACAGUAUCUGUCAACAACUUUGGGCAACAAACUGUCAAACCAGGCCUUAAGCAUGCCCUGUUCCAACCAACAAGGUGAUCAUAUCAUGCCCCCAGGAAAUGGAAGCAGUGCUCCCAACAGCCCAAUGGCCAUGCUAAACAUCGGCUCAAACUGUGAGAAAGAGGUCUGGUUGCCGGAAAUGAAAAUGAUGGACGAUGUCAUUGAUGACAUUAUUAGCCUGGAGUCGAGUUAUAAUGAUGAAAUCCUUGGACUGCUGGACCCAGGAAUCCCAAUGGCUAAUACGUUGCCUGGUAACAUGCUAGAUGUCUACAACAACCCAGGAUUGGCACCUCAAGCUAUCAAUAUCAGUAACUCCUGCCCAGCAAAUCUGCCAAACAUUAAAAGGGAACUUUCAGAAUCAAUGGUUGCAGGCAUGGAUCUCCAUUUUAAAAGUCCCUCUAUGAAAAUGCAUAACGCUAUAUUACCAGAAGUCGAAGCCAGAGCACUCGCGAAAGAGCGGCAGAAGAAAGACAAUCAUAACUUGAUUGAAAGGAGGAGAAGGUUCAAUAUCAAUGAUCGUAUAAAGGAACUGGGCACAUUAAUUCCAAAGUCUAAUGAUCCAGAUAUGCGUUGGAACAAAGGAACUAUUCUAAAGGCAUCUGUGGAUUAUAUCAGAAGGCUUCAGAAAGAACAGCACAGAGCAAAAGACUUUGAGUCACGACAGAAGAAACUGGAACAUGCCAACCGACACUUACUACUGAGAAUACAGGAACUUGAAAUGCAAGCCCGUGCACAUGGACUCCCACUUGUCAACCCUUCAAGCCUCUGCUCAUCCGACCUUACCGGAAGGAACAUUAAACUGGAGCCAGCGAUCGCUGGGUGCCACAGAGAUAAUCUCCAGCACCAUGUGGACCUUUCCUGCGGCACUACGCUGGACCCUACAAACGGGACACUCAACUUCAACGACAAUAUUGGCCCCUACAAUGCGCCCACGAAACUGGGCAGCAAACUGGAAGAUAUCCUGAUGGACGAUACCCUCUCCCCCGGGGAAGGUACAGACCCCCUCCUAUCAUCUGUAUCACCCGGCGCUUCCAAGACAAGUAGUCGGAGAAGCAGUAUGAGUAUGGAGGAUAGCGAUAAUGGGUGUUAGCAAGGUCCUUUUUUUAAAAGCUCCUCCUGUAUUUAACUUUUCCUAAAAGGUCUCUCUUUUUUUUUUUACUUGCCUAAAAACAAACACCUGUGUUGUAAUGGCCAAUCUAUUUAUCGGUCGAUAGAAAGCGUUUUAGUCAGCAGAGUAAAUCAAAGUACAUGAGAACAUUGAUCAGAAACGUAUCUGUCUGCACAGAGACAGACCCACUGAGAUACAGACAGACUCUGAAGAAAGUCCAAAAAGUCGACAAUGGAGUCUCCAAUUAGGGACAGGAUCAGUCGAUAUCAUUCUAAUGAAGAUAAAGUUGUGUAGGAAAAAGAAAAAUUAUUGUACCUUAAAAUUCAGAUUUUUCCCCAUUUACUUAAUAUAUUUUAAUCAAUUUUUACAAUCAAUUUUUGAUUUUUGCAUGACCUACCUAUACUUGAUUUUGUUUUCACACUAGCCCUUUUAAGGUUUCUAUUUUUUUAAUUUCUGAAUAUUUCGUUGUAUGAAAAUGCACAUUCUGGUAUUCAGUAUUUCAAUACACUAUAUUUCUUAGAUCUGUUUUUUUAGUGAAGGAUUUGGUGCAUCAGCCAUCAACACUUAAGGAAGUCACGGCAGGAUUUUUAGUGAAAUGUUUGGAUAUUUUGUAUAUCUAAACACAAUCUUAUUUAGACAUGUUUUUAAAUUAACUUUGAAAAUAAGAGCGCUACUCGUUUGAAAAAAAGACGAUUCUAGUUCAAUAUAUCUAAAGUGAUGCUUAAACUAGCCAACAUGAUGUGAUAUUUAUUUUAUUUUUUAAACAGCAAGAGUGGAACUAUUAGAAGAAAAUGUUCGGUGCGGUUGGAAAUCUACCUUGUUGUCUUCUAAUGAUACCUCUUCUGAUAGUAGAUUUACAUGUUGAGUCUUUCGGCACUGCAGCCUGCUAAAAAUGCAAACAGCUUUUUGCUUAUCAAAUUAUUACUUGAUAAUGUGUAUGCUCUCGACGAGGUUAUUCAGAUAAUCUUGAUGAUUGUUUGAUGGUGUCUGUCUAUAACGAUGACCAGUUCAGGGCAUUCGGUCACGGGGAGGGAAUUGGUAGAAUUGGAACGGAACGACCUCUCAGGCAAGGUGUCGUAUGGGGAGGUGAAUUUAAGCUGAGGCAUGCAAUUUAUUCUGCGAGUGAAUAAUAAUUUCUAAUUCACAUGAUUAACUUUAUAAGGAUCGAUCUUACUCUUGAGUGGAAUAAACUUGUGUGUCCUACCAUAAAUUCCUUCAUAUUUCACCUACAAUUCUGCCCUUACUUAUACUACAAUGACACAAAAUGCUGGAGUAACUCAGCGGGACAGGCAGCAUCUCUGGAGAGAAUGAAAGGGUGACGUUUCGGGUCUUUCAGACUAGAGUCAGGAGCCCCUACUUUUGUCCGAAGAACCCGAAACAUCACCCAUUCCUCCUCCCCAGAGAUGCUGCCUGUCCCGCUGAGUUUAUCCAGCAUUUUGUGUCUAUCGCCAUGUACAGAACCGUUUGGUAAGACUGAUUAUUUACAAUGGUGCAUUGUGACAUCCUCCCCACACCCCAACUGUAGGAACUAAUUAUGACGAUGGAGUAAUGUCUAACUUUGUCAGGGCAAAUCAAUCAACUGGUCUUCACAAUGAUCGGAUUAACCAUGUUUUAUUACGACAGUGUUGUAAGAGUAGGAAUAUGAUGCUAAAUCCUCGACUUUGUUAUAGAUCUAUGCAAUUUCACUAGAUGUAUUUGCAUUGUACUGUGCCUAGGUAAUUGUUCAACACGCAUACUAGCUCAAGGUGUGACGAAGAGAAGAAUUUUUAAACAAGUAAUUUAUGAAACACUGAAUGUGGCAGCAGACUAUAGUGAAUUCAGAAUGAAGUGCCUUAAAAUAGAUCACCAAGUCUUUUGGACAUGCACUGACUGAAGGGUGUAAUCGGUGAGGGUUUGGCCUGUGUAUAAGUAAUGCGGGCAUUGCUGGCUGCCUAUGUUCAGGAUGUGAGCUUCCAAGCUUCUCCGCUGUUAAGACCACUGACCUUCUACCACCUUUCUGUGUAACUAACCUCAAGAGACGGCUUUUAAGUUUAGUGUGAAGGGAAUUGACUACUCAGCCUAGUUCUGCCAAAUUCCUGGGACAGGGAAAAAAAAAAGUAUGCAAUACAAUAAUGUUAUGUUAAAAGCAAUAAUUGUUAAACGUUUUCAAAAUAGAAAGGGGAGGGGGAGGGGAAAUAGGUUAAAUAAUGAACGAUAAGCACAACAUCCCUACACUCAUGGGGAUGACAUUUGAAAUAAAGAAUGCACUUGAUAGAUUGGAGACUGUUAUAUUAGUUGUUAAUAAAAUAUCAAACCUAUAUUUCUUGGAAAAGUAGCUUAAAAUACUGCCUCUUAACGAGCUAGUUGGUAUUGUAAUGUGAUAUUCACAUGCUGCCCAUUGCAGCAUUCUUUGUAUGGCCCACUGGAUUGUAUAUUACAGACCUGAUCUCACUAUAAAUUGAAGAUACACAAUU